AUGGUUGGCAAGCGAGGGGCUGAAGAGCUCGGAGACUCUUCGUAUCCCUUCAAGCGGUCAAGAAACACGAGAGACGAUGAUGACUUUGUCAAUGUAGACGACGACGCGGAAAAUUCUGCCGCGGACACCUCCUUAGUCCCUCGCGGUGCCACCAUCAAGUUCAGUGCCCUUGCGCGCAAGCUCGCCCAGACACGCAAGCCAAAGGACACAGAUGACGAAAAAGACGGCACCGCGCUGAGCGCACGUCAACGGAAGCAGGAUAGUCUCGUCUCACAUAUUUUCAUGGAUCUGGACUUUUCGUGGCUGCACCUGAAGCCCGACCAUUCGUCGCGCCCACUGUGGAUCAGUCCAGAGGACGGCCAUAUCAUCCUCGAAGCCUUCUCUCCCAUCGCGGAGCAGGCGCAAGACUUUCUGGUAGCCAUCAGCGAGCCUGUUAGCAGACCAGCGUUUAUUCACGAAUACAAGCUCACCUCCUACUCUUUGUACGCCGCCGUGUCCGUUGGUCUGCAGACGGAGGACAUAAUAGAAGUGCUGAAUCGGCUGUCUAAGGUGCCUGUUCCAGAAAGCAUUGUGUCGUUUAUCAGAGAACGGACGCUGUCAUACGGAAAGGUCAAGCUUGUACUCAAGCACAACAAGUAUUUUGUCGAGUCAAACCACCCUGAAACGUUGCAGGUGCUGCUCAAGGACAAGAUGAUUAGGGAAGCUCGCGUCCACACGCAGGUAGCGGAUAACAGCAUCAAAGCGGCCACAUUCACCACCUCAAAGGCCCCUGUGAAAGGCAACCUUGUCAUCCCGGGCACAAGGGAGGCUGAGAAAAAGAAGGAAGAAGCUGCGAACGGCAAAGGGCCCACUCCGGCGGCGGGUGGUGCAAACACCGACGCCGAGCUCUUCACAUCGGUAGUGGGCGUGGACGCAGACGAGGUGGACGAGGACGACGAGAACGUGCACGCGUUCGAGAUUGACGAUGCGAAGAUUGACGACGUCAAGAAGCGCUGCAAUGAGCUCGAGUACCCGAUGCUCGAGGAAUAUGAUUUCCGCAACGACACCGUGAACGCGAACCUCGACAUUGAUCUCAAGCCGUCGACGGUCAUCCGCCCGUAUCAGGAGACGAGUCUGAGCAAGAUGUUCGGAAACGGUCGCGCCCGCUCUGGAAUCAUCGUCCUGCCUUGUGGUGCCGGAAAAACACUGGUGGGUAUCACGGCCGCAUGCACAAUCAAGAAGUCGUGUCUGGUUCUCUGCACGUCCUCGGUGUCGGUCAUGCAGUGGAAGCAGCAGUUCAUGCAGUGGUCGAACAUCACGGACCGCCAAGUGGCCGUGUUCACCGCGGACCAGAAGGAAAAGUUUGCCGGUGAUAGUGGCAUUGUCAUCUCCACCUACUCCAUGGUCGCGAACACGCACAACCGAUCGCACGAGUCAAAGAAGAUGAUGGAGUUCCUCACGUCCCGAGAGUGGGGCUUCAUCCUGCUGGACGAGGUGCACGUCGUGCCCGCGGCGAUGUUCCGCAAGGUCGUCACGACCAUCAAGGCCCACUCGAAGCUCGGGCUGACAGCAACGCUGGUGCGUGAGGACGACAAGAUCGCAGAUCUGAAUUACAUGAUUGGGCCGAAACUGUACGAGGCGAACUGGAUGGACCUCGCCGCGAAGGGGCAUAUUGCAAACGUCCAGUGCGCGGAGGUGUGGUGCCCGAUGACACCGGAGUUCUACCGCGAGUACCUGCGCGAGCAGUCGCGGAAGCGGAUGCUGCUGUACUGCAUGAAUCCGCGCAAGUUCCAGGCGUGCCAGUUCCUCAUCAAGUACCACGAGGACCGCGGGGACAAGAUCAUCGUGUUCUCGGACAAUGUCUUCGCGCUCGAGGCGUAUGCGAAGAAGCUAAAAAAGCCGUACAUUCACGGAGGGACGGGCCAGGUCGAGCGCAUGCGCAUCCUGCAGUGGUUCCAGCACAGCCCAGACGUCCAGACCAUCUUUCUGUCAAAGGUGGGCGACACGUCGAUAGACCUUCCCGAGGCGACAUGCCUGAUCCAGAUCUCGUCACACUUUGGCUCGCGGCGGCAGGAGGCGCAGCGGCUAGGACGCAUCCUCCGUGCGAAGCGGCGGAAUGACGAGGGGUUCAACGCGUUCUUCUACUCGCUGGUGUCGAAGGACACGCAGGAGAUGUUCUACAGCACGAAGCGGCAGCAGUUUCUGAUAGACCAGGGGUACGCGUUCAAGGUGAUCACGCACCUGGACGGGCUGGAGACGCUGGGGGGGCUGGUGUACAAGACCCGGGACGAGCAGAUCGAGCUGCUGUCGUCCGUGCUGCUGGCGAGCGAGCACGAGGCGGACCCGGGGACGGACGUGCGGGCGGGCGAGGGCGAUUUGGCGGGGACGAUCACGUCGAAGGACUUUGGGGUGCCCGGGAAGAUGCCAGGGGUGCAGCGGACGGGGGGCUCGCUGACGGCGCUGAGCGGGGGGCAGCACAUGUCGUACGUGGAGCAGAACAAGUCUGCGAACAAGAAGCUUGCGCGGGAGGCUGCGCCGCGGCACAAGCUGUUUGCCAAGCGGGACAAGGAGGCAGCGGCGGCGCGGAAGGCGUCCAAGACGUGA